AUGAGUCGCUUUCUCACGCCAUCCAAGGUUGCCUUGCUGUGUCUGAUCUCCAUUUACACGGAAGGGGUCAUUCCCAAUUCCUCUGCUGUCCAUGUUCUCUCGUUCUUGGUCGCGUCUUUAAGUCCCCUGGACGCUGACUCAGGCUCCUCCAAAGACUGGAAGGCACAAUACUCAGCAUCCAUAACUGACCUCGAAGGAGCUUUGUCUACGCAUUCAUCUUCAAUCCCUGGACGCUCAAUUUGGGACUUGUUCCUCAAAAGAGUUUGGUCUAUUGAUUCAUGUGAUGCACUGGAAGUAUUCUUCUCUAAUGUGUUAGAUCUGUUGGUCAAAUCUCGGGAGGAGCAGAUCCGCGAUAGGGAUAACGGCCUGGCCCCGGAGCUGGGAUGUAUGCGCCUCUCCCGGUGCUCUCCGCUGGGUGCAUUUGUGAGGCGAGCACAGCUGGAGUUUACAAGACUACAGUUCCAUGACUCGAUCAAGCUCUGGAAGGGCUUUGUCAAGUAUCGCCUCCCCACAUACCACGCUUGGGCAAGACGGAACCCGUUUGGUGAACAGGCCAUGGUUGAUAUGAAUUUACUCGAGCUUGGUUUGGACACUGAUAGUCAACUUGCUCAAGUGGCGUAUGGUAAUAUUGAGGACGACUUGGAGGAGGAUAACCAUGUCAGUACGAAAGACGUAGAGCGUUUGCUGGAAUUUCAAAUUGGCGAGUUGCAGAGAAUGGGAGGAAGAGUGCCAGAUGGCAUGAAGGCAUCCCUGGAACGUUUUGUUACAUCUGGAGUGACACUGCCCAAUUUAAUACACUACUUAAGAUUCUUGGACGCUUGGAGGGCCGGUGAUUACCCAUCAUCCUUUGACAACCUCCACCGUUACUUCGAUUAUACGAUGCACAGUAGAGACCGGAGCUCAUAUCAGUACGCGUUGCUAAAUCUUGCUAUCCUUCAAGCAGACUUUGGUUGUUAUGGAGAAGCUGUAUCCGCCAUGCAAGAGGCAGUCUCGAUUGCCCGAGAAUCUCACGAUAUGAACUGCUUGAACUUUUGCAUGAGCUGGCUAUACCACUUUGGCAAAGCAUUCCCAGAGCAGAUGAAGGACGUUCAAAACACGGGCAUGCUUGGAAAUGAGAAAGAAGGACUGGCAUUCCUCAAGGCGAAAGCAAAGGAGACAGAAAUGUGGAGUCUCUUGAGUACAACGCUACUGAGUGAAGCUAAACUCGAACUGCAAAAUGGUGACAGUCUUGCCUCUUCCAUUGAAAACAUAAUCCGGGCAUCGCACCUCAAUGUAGCAAAGAACCUUAUAAAUUCAACCGGGCCACAGUUACUAUUACAGACCGCACUUUAUUCUAGGAUCGGUAUCGCACACCUGGCAUGGUUGAGCAGUGAAACUUUCCAGGAGUGUUACACAAGUAAAGCGCCGUUUGAAGACUAUCUGAAGAGUAGCUUCCGUAGCUCACAGUUGCUUGCACAACAAGGCCGUUUCAAAGAGGCCUUGGUUCGUAUGAAUCGCAUAGGGCCUGACAAACUACGCUCCCUGAAAGCAAACCAAUACUGGACAUUCUUCUCUGGAGUUUUGCAGCUGAAACGACAAAUAUAUCGCAAUGAUAAAACGGCAACAGAGUAUCUCCUCUCGCAACUCCAAGCAAUACAACUGCCGGAUAAUGACAUAGCAGCUCUGUUGGGUUUUCUCCACGUUGAGUACUUAAUCCGACAGGGCAACUACACCCGCGCAUUGGAGAUUGUCGAACGCACAGCCCAAACUAUCCACCGAGACAACUUCGACAUCCACUGCCAAGUCAAGCUCUUAUGUCUUAAGGCUUGUAUACUCGAGAAGACCUCCCAGCCCCAGCGGGGGUUCUCUCUGGCAAUGAGAGCAGCCAACAUUGCCUACCGAUCGAGACUUCUCCCUGGCCUUUGGGAAGCCAUUUGCGUUCUGUCAGGAGUCCUUCUCAGCCUGAGGGAAUUUGAGGCGGUCGUGGCAAUGGUGGAGAGUAUAAUGCCUCAAAUACUUGAAUCCAGCGACUCUGCCCUGGCAGCCCGCGCAUACUCUCUUCUAGUGGAUGCAAAUAUGGGCAUUGCGGGAAAGGUCCGGAGCCAGGGAGCGGGACAAAACGUAGAGUACAUGAACCGGGCCUUGGAAUACCUAGAUUGCGCUUACGACCAAUACGAAAAGAUUGGGGAUAUCAAAGGGCAGUGCGAGAUGAUGGCAAAAAAGGCUACAGUGAUGCACUUGACCGGUGAUUUGGUCCUUGCGAAUGACUAUGCAGCAAAGUACCUGGAUUUGCAGCGGCUCGGUAGUACUGAAAGGUGA